AUGUCCGAAAUUAUCAACAAAAAGUUAAUGAUCGAAAAAAAUAGAUGUGCUUACAACGUCUUCCUUGGCAAAAAGCAACCAACUGAAUACGAAAAGAACCAACAACGGCUAUUAACGACCAAAGACAGUGUAAGGAAAAAGGUUAAGUCGAAAAAAAGACCCAGAACAAACGAUGACUCCGUCAAUGAUCAAAUGGGACGGACGUUAACAUUGCCAUCUUCAUCCAUUCCAGCAAAUAUAAAUGAAAACAAUCAUACGUUAGCUGCAGCCACUUAUUCGGAUCAAUGA